UUGUUUACGUGGCGGCUUGAAAAUCAAUUGAGAAUUUUGUUAGUCUAAAAUUAAAUUGUUAGGGAAUGUUAUAUUAUAUAGUAUGUCUAUUAUGAUUUUCAAAUGUUUCUCUAGUAAUAUAUAGGGAAUGUUACAUCUUUUCAAAUGUUUCUCUAGUAAUCAUAUAAAUACAAUAAUAAUUACAUCUUUUCAAAUGUUUCUCAAUUAACAUAUAAGGAUUAGAAACGGUAUUAAAUCUCCCGCUGUAGAAGGUCUAGGCAUAAAACGUUGACCUAAUUAAAAAUGGAUAUACAAAGACGUCAAAAACAUAUAUUACAAGGAAAUGAUACAAAUACUUGCGUAAGAGACACACAUUAGGUUUUUACCAGAGAAAGAGAGUCAACGAAGAAAUGUCUUUGAUUACUACGGAAGCAUCGCCGAGUCUCUCCCUCAUAGAGAAUGGCGGCGGAAGCGACAAGCGGACGGCGGAGUUGUCGAGAAGUAACCGGAGAACGGUACAGAAUCUAUCGGCGACGUCGUUGAUGAGGAAUAGAUCGGAUCUGAAGCUGAUUUCGAGAGUUCGUUGGGAGUUUAUGAAGAGAAUGUUAACGAAUCUUCAGGAAGUUCUUCUCGGCACAAAACUCUUCCUUCUCUUUCCCGCUGUUCCCCUUGCCGUCGUCGCUCACCGCUAUGGAUGUCCACGUGCGUGGGUGUUUGCGUUGAGCUUGCUUGGAUUGAUACCUUUGGCUGAACGUAUUAGUUUUCUCACAGAGCAAAUUGCUUUCCAUACUGGUCCAACAGUCGGGGGAUUAAUGAACGCGACAUGUGGGAAUGCAACGGAGAUGAUAAUAGCGAUUCUAGCGGUUGGACAGAGGAAGAUGAGGAUUGUAAAACUCUCACUUCUUGGCUCUAUCCUCUCCAAUCUUCUCUUCGUCUUGGGCACUUCUCUCUUCUUUGGUGGUCUCUCCAAUCUCCGCAAACACCAAUCUUUUGACCGAAGACAAGGAGAUAUGAACUGCAUCUUGCUGUUUCUUGCGCUAUUAUGUCAUACACUACCAAUGAUAUUAAGAUUCGCAACACAGGCUGCUGGGGGAUCAGCAACAAAUGCUACUAACGUUUUAGUAGUUCAUCCAACAAGAAACGAAGAUGGAUCAGAUGUUCUUGUCUUGUCAAGAGCAAGCAGCUUCUUGAUGCUCUUUGCUUACUUGGCUUUCCUCAUCUUUCACCUCUUCUCUUCUAGUCUCACUCCUCCACCUCCACCUCCACCUCCACCUCCUCAGAGGGAAGAAGAAGAAGAAGAUGUUUAUGACGAUAACGUGAGUGACAAGGAAGAAGAAGAAGCCGUGAUUGGAAUGUGGAGUGCGAUUCUCUGGCUUAUUACAAUGACACUACUCGUUGCUUUGCUCUCCGACUAUCUUGUCUCCACUAUUCAGGACGCAGCAGACUCGUGGGGAUUAUCGGUGGCAUUCAUAGGAAUAAUAUUGUUACCAAUUGUUGGUAAUGCAGCUGAGCAUGCUGGUGCCGUCAUCUUUGCCUUCCGUAACAAACUCGAUAUAACUCUGGGAAUUGCGCUUGGGUCUGCAACACAGAUUGCUUUGUUCGUGGUACCAGUCACAGUGUUAGUGGCAUGGGCAAUGGGAAUAGAAAUGGACCUUAACUUUAACCUCCUUGAGACCGCAUGUCUUGCCUUGUCCAUCCUCGUCACUUCCUUCACAUUGCAGGAUGGGACUUCGAAUUAUAUGAAAGGCUUGGUUCUUCUUUUGUGUUAUAUUGUCAUUGCUGUCUGCUUCUUUGUCGCUAAUUCACCUUCAGCCGAAACAAGUACAACUAAUCAUACAUUGACAAAAAGGUAACUGAACUAUGUUUGACUCCUUUUUGUAUUUUUCAUAUUUUAUUUUCGGAUUAUAUAUUGUGUAUAUUAUAACAUUAAUAUUUUUUUAUAAAAGGAUUCCUUUUGUUACAUUAUUUUCUAUUAGGGUAUUCAGUAAGGUCACAGAGUAUAUACAAAAAAGGUAUGCUUCCCAAGUAAUAUUAGUCAUUACGACCAGAAUUACCAUAUAUAUCGUAAUAUGGUUGUAAAAAUUGAUGAAAUGAUAAUUUAUAACAAUAUCGUCGAUAA